CUCCUGAUCGUGAUGGAACAAAUAGUUCGCCGGCGAUUGCCGCCGAUGGAAGAAAGGGAAUGGUGCUGCCUUUCCGGCCACUAUCUCUCAUAUUCGAUCACGUUACGUGAACAUGCCCGCCGAAAUGAAGAGUCAAGGAAUUGAGGAAACUAGACUCCAAUUGUUACGAGACGUUAGCGGAGCUUUCCGGCCCGGUGUUCUGACCGCAUUAGUCGGCGUGAGUGGAGCAGGAAAGACGACGCUAAUGGAUGUGCUCGCAGGAAGAAAGACGGAAGGUUUUAUACAAGGAAAUAUAAUCGUCUCCGGUUACAAAAAGAAUCAAUCGACAUUCGCUAGAGUCAGUGGCUAUUGCGAGCAGAAUGAUAUUCAUUCUCCUCAUGUUACAGUUUACGAAUCUCUCGUCUUCUCCGCUUGGUUGCGACUUUCAAUGGAAGUUAACAUUCAAACACGAAAGAUGUUUGUUGAUGAAGUAAUGGAGCUGGUGGAGUUGAGUCCUUUAAGAGAUUCAUUAGUUGGUCUUCCUGGAAUAGAUGGUCUGUCCACAGAACAGAGGAAACGUUUGACAAUAGCGGUUGAAUUGGUUGCUAAUCCAUCCAUCAUCUUCAUGGACGAACCCACGUCUGGUCUUGACGCUAGAGCCGCCGCAAUUGUGAUGCGAACAGUGAGGAACACAGUCGACACUGGAAGAACUGUUGUCUGCACCAUUCAUCAACCGAGCAUCGACAUUUUCGAAUCUUUUGAUGAGCUCUUGUUGAUGAAAAGAGGAGGACAAAUCAUUUACAAUGGACCUCUUGGCCGCCACUCUUUCCAUUUGGUAGAAUACUUCGAGUCUAUUCCGGAGGUAACAAAGAUUAGAACAGGUCAAAAUCCGGCUACGUGGAUGUUGGAGAUAACCUCUUCGAGCGUUGAGUCUCAAUUAAGCCUCGAUUUCGCAGAGAUUUAUGAGAAAUCAGAUUUGUAUAGGAGGAAUGAACAAGCUAUGGAGGAACUAAGCAAGCCAGCAGCAGCAACUGGUUCAGACGAACUGUAUUUCCCAAGUAAAUACUCACAGUCAUUCUUAACUCAAUGCAUUGCUUGCUUCUGGAAACAGCACUGGUCUUACUGGAGGAAUCCUCGGUACAAUUGCAUUCGUUUUUUCAUGACUAUAUUCAUCGCCAUCGGUCUUCUGUUUGGACUUAUUUUCUGGAAGAAAGGAGAGAAGACGGAUCAGCAACAAGAUCUGGUGAAUUUGUUGCGAGCAAUGUACAUUGCGGUUAUGUUUCUUGGAGGAACAAACACACACGCGGUACAGAAUAUUGUGUCGGUUGAGAGGACAGUCUUCUAUCGCGAAAGAGCUGCUGUGAUGUAUUCGGCUCUGCCUUAUGCCUUUGCUCAGGUUUGGAUAGAGGUGAUUUAUGUUGCUAUUCAGACAUUAUCGUAUAGUUUGAUACUAUACUCGAUGAUAGGAUUCAAAUGGGAAGUUGGAAAAUUCUUAUGGUUUUAUUACUAUGUGGCAAUGUGUUUUAUCUACUUCACAUUGUAUGGGAUGAUGCUUGUUGCUCUGACUCCUAAUUAUCAAAUUGCUGCCAUCACAAUGUCGUUCUUCCUUAGCUUCUGGAAUUUGUUUUCGGGGUUCCUCAUCCCCAGAACACAAAUUCCGAUAUGGUGGAGAUGGUAUUAUUGGGCAUCUCCGGUGGCAUGGACGAUAUAUGGGAUGUUUACGUCUCAAAUCGGGGAGAAGGAGAGCGAAGUUUCAAUUCCGGGAGGUGGGAAGAUGAAAGUGAAGGAAUAUUUGGAGGAAUUCAUGGGGUUUAAAUACAGUUUUCUAACUUCAGUUGCAUUGGCUCAUAUUGCUUGGGUACUUCUUUUCUUCUUUGUCUUUGCAUAUGCCAUCAAGUUUCUUAAUUUUCAAAGGAGGUAGAUUGCUUAUAUUUUGGCUUUAAUCUCUAAAGUCUUUUAUUUUUGUAUAAUUUUAUAACAAUCAAUGCAUAUGUUAUAGUAUUUUAUAAUAUCUAUAUUCCUACCAUAUUAUUGGUUU